AUGACUAUCAACCCUCCACAGCUUCCAUCUGCACCCUGGGAGGCUCGAGCCGCAGAGAAGCGUGCCCGCUGUGCCGAUGCCAUCCCAAAGCCUUGGCGCCUCCCCUCUAGCGUCCGAGAUACUCUAAAGACACCGCUAGAGACGAGCAAAAAUGACCUCAUCUCGCUCGAUAUCCCCCGUCGCUCAGGUAUCCUUACCGAUUUGGAGCUUGAUAUCACCGAACACUACGAUGUCAGCGACUUGCUAGCGAAGCUGGCUGAUGGGUCCUUUACGGCUGUGCAGGUAGUCACUGCGUUUUCCAAGAGAGCAGCCAUUGCUCAGCAAUUGACCAAUUGCCUCACCGAAACGUUUUUCGAUCAAGCUGAAUCACGCGCUCAGCAGCUAGACAAGCUGCGACAAGACGGCAAGCUUGCCGGCCCUCUUCACGGUCUGCCCGUCAGUCUCAAAGACACCUUCCAUGUCGCUGGCACCCAAGCCACUAUUGGUCUGGUUGCCUAUCUCGAUGAGUUUUCCAAGACCAAUUCUCCUCUUGUUGAGAUUCUGCUCUCCCUGGGGGCAGUCCCGUUCGUCAAGACCAAUGUCCCACAGACCAUGAUGACAGCGGAUUCGCAUAAUAAUGUGUUUGGCCGUACUUUGAAUCCGAGAAACACAGCUCUUGGAGCAGGCGGCUCAUCUGGUGGCGAGGGCGCGUUGAUUGCAUUUCGAGGGGCGCCCAUCGGAGUUGGGACAGACAUUGCAGGCUCCAUCAGAAUACCCUCCCUCUGCUGCGGAACUUACGGCUUCAAACCAACAGCGGGACGUAUCCCAUAUGGUGGUCAAAGGGGCUGCAGCAAUCCCGGUCUCAAGUUCAUCCUCGCCUGCGCUGGUCCCUUGGCCAACGACAUGCAGAGUCUCAAUAUCUUCACCAAGGCUGUAAUUAACUCUCGACCAGCAGAUCUUGACUCGACGGCAAUCGAUGUUCCCUGGAGAAACAUUGCUGCUUUUGAGGGAAAGAAGCUAAGGCUGGGUGUUCUCCCCGAGGAUCCAACCUAUCCUCUACACCCACCUGUCAGGAAUGCCAUCUCGCAAGCUGUUGCCAAGUUACGAGCUGAAGGGCAUAUCCUCGUCGACUUGGAUACUCAAGAGUGCCUCAUUGACGGCAUCAACGAUGUCGCCUGGGGCAUAUUUGCACUUGACAAAACAGCCAGCCGUAUCGUCACCGAUGCAGGGGAGCCGGACAUCCCAUCGAGACAGCGAAUCGCUGACGAAUUGAAGAGAUUGAAGUCGGAUUACCUACCAGAUCUGACUGGGCUUAGCGACUUGGACAAGCUCGCGACACUCAAUAUUAAGAAGGCUGCGGCCGUUGAAGGCUGGCGGAGAAUCUGGCAAAGCCACCGUCUCGACGCUGUUAUUGGACCGUCUGCCCAGAAUACGGCGGUGCAGCAUGACCUAUACGGGGUUCCGCCAUAUACCUGUUUCCUCAACGUGUUGAACUAUCCAGCAUGCGUGAUUCCGUUUGGUAGCGCAAAGCCGGUCCCUGGCGAAGACUUUACACUGAGACCUGAUCAAGCUGGCCCUCCUUAUGAUGCUGAACUGACUGAGGGAGCGCCUUGCUCCGUUCAAGUCUUCACAAGUUCAAUGCGGGACGAAGAAUGUAUUGCCGUAUCGUCCAUCAUCGACAACAUCCUGAAUUGCUAA